AUGCAAGAACUCGUAGCCCUGAUUGAAUCUCAGGAAAAAUGCACCCUUUGUGAAACCAACUCUGGACAUGAGGUAUUCCCCUGCCGUAUCUGUACUCUCGUCUUCCACGAACAUUGUAUGAGGAGAAAAGGACAACUCCACGACAGCGAGGCCGUCAAAGCGCUACGUCAGGCAAAUACCAACAUCGGCUGGUCAUGUAACGAAUGCGAGAAUCUAGGUCAGCUUCUUAGCGAUGAUGAGAUGUUUGAGCUCAUGGAAAUCUUCGAAAGAUGUGAUGUCGAUUCAGAUGCAACGAUUUCGCUCGAAGAAUUCAUCGAGUACCGGCGACUGGUGAUCAAAGACCACGAGAACCGUGAUCUCACCAAGGACGAGGUCGAGAAUGAAACACGGAACUUCAAGUCGAUGGACACCGAUAAAACCGACACGCUAUCCUGGUGGGAGUUCCUCAAUCAUGAAGCUAUCAGAAGACUAGCAACCAGGUCAAAGAAGAAGUUGGUGCAAGUACUGAAGCCGAGGGAGAUUCAAACAUUGCGUACAAACUUCCUAGUAUUCGAUACAGAUGGUGAUGGCUGUGUGACCGAGUACGAAGCCAGACGAGCAUUUAAAAAUUGGUUCUCUAAAUUCAUCGAGGAUCCCUACGAAAUGUCUCCAGAUGCACAACGUCGUCUGGGAAGUCAGACCUCAUUACGUAUGUCAUCAGAGCUAGCGUCACAUGUAAACACGAACACGGGUAUGCUGAUGGGGGCUGACAGUGACCGUUCAGGUUCCGUAUCGUGGGAGGAGUAUGUCAUGGAACAAGCGCUCUACACACUGGCUGUACGACCCAAUAUCGGACCGGUCAAAAUAUCCAGGCGGCCAACAUUCUGCUCAUAUUGAAGAUCCUUUUAUAAUAUCUUUGAACUGUUCAAAAUUGAAUUUCAACAAUGUUUAAAGACGAUGUCAUCGGAUCUAGAUGUAAUUUGUUGUACUGCGACUAUUUCAAUUAAACGGAUAGAGAUGUGCGCAAAGUUUUUGGUAAAAUGUUAGUUUGGUCUACACGUGCGUUGCGUUCUCUCCGUCUGGUAUAAUCCCACAUGGUCUAAUUAUACUUCGUCUACUAAACUUUUGAUCUAAUUGCCAUUUAGUCCAUGUACCAUUUUGUAUACUAGUAAUUGCAUGGCUAUAUCAAUUUUUUCGACUAUACACUUGGUCUAGCACCACUUAUUCUAUUUGGUGAGAUGAAAAUGUUUAUGAAGCAAUUUUUCAUCUUACAAAUAAAAAAAAAAAGUAGUGAAGUGGAAAUAAAAUCAAGCGGGCGUUAGAAUAAAUGACAUUUAGACUAUAGACCAAUUCAUUUCCGAAAGAGAAACUAUACUUUCUUAUUAUCCUCCACUUUCUCGCCUAUCCGUUUCACUUUUACCUCUAUCCAUUUUCUGUUCGUCCUUUCCGCGGUAGUGUUUCCGCGAUUGUUAUAGACCAACUUUUUGGGGCAGACCAAACGGCAAUUAGACUAAAUUGAUAGCAGACUUAAAUGGAUUUAGCCCAUGUGGUUUAGACCAACUUGCUUGAAGACCAAGUGUAUAGAAACACAGAUUCCCACAAGAAAAGAUCGUCAGCAUGGUGGUUGAAAAAACUGUUUGUUUUUAAUGAAAAUUGCCUUUAAGUUAAAAGCAGUUAAAGACUAUGCAAGACAGUAUGAUGAGAAUGCUCAAUGGGAAAACUCAGAAAGAAAUAAUAGUGUUAACAUAAUGAAGGACAUUCUCAUAAAGAUUGCAUUGAAUAAAACAUUUACGUUUCUUUUUAAGUUUUUCUUCUUUGUUUUGUGUAGACUGUUUUUAUGUAUGAAAUAUUGGCUACGAUUUGACUUGUAAAAUUAUUGAAAAGUCAAGUAAAUUGUACACUCUAAUCGUUAUCUAAAUCAUUGGAACAGUUCAUUGGGUUUGUUAUAUGUUUUUAAUUUUUCAUUUUUCCAUCCACAUCAACGGACUUGCAUUGUUUGUUGGUGUUCACGACAAACGUGUAUUUACUAAUAAGAUAUAAUUUAAAAAAAAAUGUAAUUCCAUGCAUGUGAGCCAUUCUUGGCGGAACCUAAUUGAAUAAAUACAGCCAUGAUAGCACAAAAUUACUAGUAUAUCAAAUAUUCUGGCUGAAGAUUAAUUUGAUAAACGUUCGAUAAUGUGAGUUACUGUGAAUUAUGAUUCCAAGCUCAUAGUAUUGGCUGGUCGUAUAAAACUUUUUAAUGUAAACACACACCCUCACACACCCACACAAACAAUUAUGAUCCAAAAUAUCAGAUUUUAUAUUAUACAUCAUUCACACAAUAAUGUUUUAAUGUGAAAAAAACUUUCAUUUUAUCUGACAAUAAAUUUUGAAAAUUGAUCUAGAUUUACUAAUUUCAUAGGCGUAACAGGAACAGAAAAUAAAGAUCUUUUUGUCGAUUGUUUCCUUAUUGCAUUCAUAAGCCAUACUUUUGCUGUAUGUUUUAUUUGUUUUGUUUCUUUUGUUUGUAUUUCUUUCUGCAAAGUGUUCAGUAUUAAUUAUAUUAUGGAAUGUGCGCGUUGUUUGUUUGUGGUUAAAUGAAUAGUGCAUGCAGUGAUUGUAUGCACCUUAAAAUGAUACUAUGCAACUUACUCGUCAAUACCACGUCUAAUGUGUGCCUUAUAAAGAAGGACCAAUUUAGCUUUA